AUGACCAUGGAAUCAUGUCAGUAUGCGAAGUUCUACUUUGUGCAGUCAAGCGAGUCGUGCGCCAGCGUGGCGAGUGCCAACGGCAUCGCCACGCCCACGCCCACGCAGCCCAAUAUGGUCGGUAAGCGUGACAGCUUCUACCUCGUCGUCUCGGGCGACUCGUGCGCCGCCAUCGUGAGCAAGUCUGGCAUCUCGCUGUCGCAGUUCGCGGACCCGGGGAACUGCGCGACCAUUGCUCAACAAUACGGCGUCGCCGUUGCCCAGUUUACUUCCUGGAACCCGGCCGUUGGCUCCUCCUAUACUGGUCUGUGGGCAAACACCCAUGCCUGCGUGGCUGUAUUGUACUGGAAUCGAUGA